GCUUAUACCCAUCUGUUUUGCCCCAUUGUUGCGCACGGUUUGGUUUUGUUGCUAACCAACCGACCUGUCCGCACUGCUACAAACUGCACUGGUUGAUAGCACCCCGCGUACAGAAAGUACCAUGGUUACCAUGAGAAAAACACGCACGAUUAGGUCCAGAACCUGCGCCGGUCACCAAGAGUCGAUAGCCAUGAUAAUUUAUCAAAAUUAGGAAUGUUUUCCAUUGCAAUAGCCCAGCAAUUUUGAGAAACAACAUUCUAAACCCGUUUCGGUCCAGCCUAAUUAUCUAACCCUCAAAAUGGAUAGUUUAGAAAUAGAAGAACAGUUGGCGCGGAUUAAAAAGAGAGAUUUAUUGCAGACACGUUUCUAUAAAAUGGCAAGCAGAGUGUUUGGUCCUGCUAAAACAAGGAACAGGGUUUUCAUCGCACCACCCAUGCCCAAACGGCCCGUGUGCAUGCCAAAGUCCACAAAUCAAGUUCCCGGAAACAAUCUACAAUGUUCAAUUAAGGAGGUUUUCAUGGAAUCUAAAGCAGGGGACAAAGGCAGUAGUCCCUCAAAGAAAGACCUGCUGCUGGAAAGUUAUGACGCUAAGCAUCAAGACUGGGUUAACCAAAGGAGGUCCUUUCGUCGGCAGUUCGAUAGUCUCGGAGAUUUGUCGAGGUGGGUUAACACCAAGCCGACCGUUACCGAGCUGGAGAUGUUGGUUGUUGAAAGAGGGAAAAUAACUCAGAAAAUCCCCUCACGUAUCCCGGAUUAUUCUUUGAUACCUCUCCAGGAUUGUAAGGCUAGUGUACGUGACAGUGUGACUCGUCCUUCUAGGCAGACUAAUAUACCGCGUAUGAGUGCUGUUGGAGUCCGGUCCCUGCUGCCCGAGGAUGGCAUCCCUGUGGUGCAAGAGCAACUAGAAAACUCAGUGUCCAGCCUUAGGGGCAUUGAGGGAAAAACAGUGGAUGUGAAUGACCUGGCAGAAGACAUCAGGAUGGAGGAGAGGUUCAGCUGGGACCACAGGAACCUGCCGGAGAAAGGAGAGCAAGGCUCCCCCCUGGGGGUGGACACAGGGGGGGGCAGGGACAUAGAGAGAGUGAGGGGCAGAAGGCAGUGGGCCCUGAGCCCUGUAGCGCGGAGGCCAGUGUGGAGCUGUGGUCCUAAGUCAGGGUUGGGGAAGUGUGGUGUCCUGCCCCUCCCCAGCUCAAAUUGUCUGCAAAUUCCCCUCUCUGUGGAGGAUGAGCAGGAGCAGGCCCUAAUACAGCAGCACCGUCGCAACAGGAUGAAGCAGGGGGUGAUUCAGGAUGAGGAGGUGCUGGCCAUCAUGAGGACGGUGUGCACAGGAAACCCCAUCCAGGAUGCCCACUCAAACCCAUCCUCUCUGGGAGGAGACACAGCCCAUUUGGUAGACAGGUUCAGGAGACAGUGUCUGGGGGAGUACCUGGACUCGCUGGACAAGUGUCACAACAAAGGGGUCAAUGUCAACCAGGCUACACUGGAGAGAGUUCUGCUGCAUCCAGGGGAUCAUGUCCUAGAGGGUCCGCAGUGUCUUGUUCUAAGGCAGGCAGGGUCCAAACCUAUGCCAGGCUGUGGUAGCCGUUUGAGAGAGUGGAUUGGCUACAGCUGCAGUACACCCCAGGGGCAGGAAGGGGAUCAUGGCCUGGAGGAAGAGGCAACUCCACAAAAAGUCUGCCAGCAGACGAUAAGGUACACAUCCAGAAGCUCUGUGCAUCAGGGGACCAAAAUUAUGACCCGUUCUACAGGUUGUGCAGAGGUCAAACAGAAGACCAAACAUUGGCUUACCGGAGAGGAGUAUGCCCAGAUGACCAGCAACAUGGGGGGGCCAUCCAGUCGUAGAGCUGACCCUAACGCCUUCUGGCCUGGUCAGGACAACCAUGUGAGACUCUACCUACCAAGAAUGGGCCUGUCCCCUGAGGGGGUCCUCUUUGAGCAUAUCGUUCACUCCCCAGCCCCUAGCCCCUGUACAUGGCCCAUCAACAACAGAGGUUAUUCCACCUCAGGAGACAUAGAGGGACACAAGACCUACAUCCUAUAGAGCUGUCCACUCCAGCUCUAUACAAAGCUGUACUUACAUGGGGCAGAUAAUGAUGUGGUUUGCUGUUGAAAUUGACUGAUGAAUGUACUGUAGGUUUCCUAUUCAAUUCGCUAUGCUCAAUUGAGAUUGUCGUUUGUGCAUGUAAUAAAGACUGUCCCAGAC